AUGCCGAACGCCGUCCUGGGCCCCGGCUCCCAAAACGGGGCCCCCGUUCGAAGCCGCCGUCUUGGCGGCCUCAGCCGUUUUGGCCGCUUCUCCAUGCGGCUAAACGGGGGCCAGGACUUCUCGCGCACCUGCAGCGCCGGCCAGUCCCAUACCACGGCCGGCACGGCGCUGCAGAAUGCGCUGCUGGGGAGCGGCAGGGCCAAGGCGUGCGAGUCCAAGGAGAGUCUCUGGCUGCCAGCGCAGGCGCUGUGCUCCACACAGCUCCCCAACUCCACCAUCGGCGCCCGGGCCCGUUCCUUCGGCCCAUCGGGGGCUCCGCGCCCGGAGGAGGUCCGCACCCAACGCCUUCCGGCGCCGGCGACGCCGUGGGUGCCAUCAGCGCCCUCGCAGCCGCGGGAGCGGCCGGCGUCCGGGCGCGUGCGCGCGCAGACGGAUCCCGGCGUGAAGCCGCCUGCCGGGAUGCGCACGCCCAGAGCCGUACGUGCCUGGCAGUCUGCAGACGAGGCCAUGGCCGCGGAGAUCCGCACGCGGCCCCCGGGCGGGGGCCCGGACGUGGCAGUGGCUGAGGAUGCCGGCUGGGCACCGAACAGGCAAUUUUCGCCCGAGGAACUCCGGUACAAUCCUAUAACCCACCAGGUUGAGGUCUUCGUAAACGUGGACGGUGACGUACAAAAAUGUUUGCCCACGGCCGAAGAGUACCGAGAGAUGCUCCUCCGCCUAGAAAGCGCUGCGCCGCACAAAGGGCGCCGGAAAGGCCUGUCAGAGUUUGUGGACUUAUGCUGCGCUGGCAGGGCGCGGCCGAACCCCCACAUCAAGGCAGCCUACCAGCAGAAUCGGCGUGUCUUCCAGAAGCAGAGGGGGCCGUGCACCAUGGAGAUUGCGAAGGGCUAUCCGGGGAACCCCCGUGUCUUUGAGUGCUGGCCUCGGAGGGAGGGGAAAUU